UUCAUUUCGUCUCUCUUGCGCGCGCGGUGAUUAUCACUGUUCUUCUCUUUCGGCUCUCUCUCACACACCAAUCUCACUUGCAUGCCCAUUCCCCCAGAUCGCUAUUCCUCGCUUCAUUUUCAUCUCUCUCGAACUUUCAAACUCUCGCCUCUUGAAGAAACUACGAUUCUGUUGAGAGAUGAUUGGACAUAGGUUCUCCGGUUUCAGCUUUGAUCUGUAUUUAGUUCUCAUGUAAUAUGGAUUUCAGAUUAAACUUGGAGGUGUUUCUGCUGAGGAAUUGUUCUUCUUGGAGAUUAAGUCAGUUUGACGGUACUUGAAUAUUAAAUUCGUCUUCGGAGGUGUAUACGGUUUAUAAGGUCUGGAAGAAAACAUGUUCUGGAAGGACCGUGAUUGGGAGCACAAAGAACUGAAUGGCAGUCCUCUCUGUGGGCAGGUGCGAGUGUUUGUGGUUGGCGACUCAGGUGUGGGGAAAACUUCUCUUGUUCAUCUAAUUGUAAAUGGUUCUUCGAUUUCUUGUCCUUCUCAAACGAUUGGCUGUGCAGUUGGAGUUAAGCAUAUCACUUAUGGAAAUGCUGGUAGCUCUUCAAGUAGCAUAAAUGGUGAUUCCGAGAGAGAUUUCUUUGUUGAACUUUGGGAUGUGUCAGGGCAUGAGCGCUACAAAGACUGUCGCUCUCUUUUCUAUUCUCAGAUUAAUGGCGUUAUUUUUGUUCAUGAUCUUUCCCAGAAAAGAACAAAAUCAAGCCUACAGAAGUGGGCAGUAGAGAUUGCAACCGUUGGGACAUUUUCAGCUCCCUUAGUAUCUGGAGGCCCUGGUGGCCUUCCCGUACCAUAUAUUGUUAUUGGUAACAAAGCAGAUAUUGCUUCUAAAGAGGGUACAGGAGAAAGCAGUGGUAAUCUAGUUGAUGCUGCUCGCCAGUGGGUUGAGAAGCAGGGUCUGCUUUCCUUUAGUGAGGAAAUUCCAUUAACUGAAAGUUUCCCUGGUGGUGGAGGACUUCUUGCUGCUGCCAAAAAGGCGAGAUACGACAAGGAAGCUGUGACCAAAUUUUUUCGCACGCUCAUCAGGAGAAGAUAUUUCCCAGAUAGUUUGCCUGCAACAAACACUUGGUCCAUUUCUCCAGUUCCAAAAUCUGUACAACGCCUAGAUGACACUACCCGUGACGAGGAUCAGUCCUACAGUCGUGCAAGUGUAAGCAGCGAAACAUACAAGUACAACACGCGUCCUCCGCUCCCGGCACAACGCAAUCUUACUCCACCUCCGACGCUUUAUCCCCAGCAGCCAUUUUCAGCCUCUGAGAACUACAGCCUUCCAAAAUUUGCUCAUUCAGCCUCCCAGGAGAUCAACAAUUCCACCAGAUCAAAGCGCUCGGACAUUAACGUAUGAUCAACCGAUCAGUAACGAGCUUGGGCGAUAGCAAUGUCCAUGAUAUACUAUCGGUAUGAGUUGUGUGCAGUUUGGUUGAUAUAAAAUCAGUUCAUUAAUUCUUUCAUGUCUCAAGGAAUCCGUCUCUGUAAUUGGUGCUUGAUUCCUAGCAUGUUUAAUGAUAUGCUAUUAAACAACUACAGCCCAUUCUUUUCA